CUGGACGGAGACAGACAGAGACACACUCAGUCAUACACGCUUUAUCUCAACACACGUUCAACUUCAAGUAAACUACAAACAACGCAAUGCGUUCUAAGAGGCAGCAGGCAUCUCCCACCUCCACCAGAAUGAACUUGCGCAGUUACAGGAGCACUGCUGUGGUUCCUAUGGAAACCUCUUCUUCAGAUGACAGCUGUGACAGUUUUGGAUCAGAUGGUUUUGGGAACUUGAAGAGACCACUGAGACCGACAAGAAGAUCUGCUCCAAGUGAGAAAGUGUUUAGCAUCCCACCUGUGACUGAGGAGGCGUGCAGCGGAUUUGUCAAUAACCUGAAUGAUGACUUGACUGACAUGAAUAUGGACUCUGACACGGAGACCUGUUCACCUCCCAGGAAAACUCGCAGAUCGUUCACGCUUCGGGUAGCCAUGAAGUUCCCGAACAAACGAGCCAGUCCGUCAAAGCCUGCAGCACCCAAGCCCAAGGAGCCAGAGUCUGACUCUGAGAGCGAGAACUUCAUGCUGAAGAGAGCACUGAAUAUUAAAGAGAACAAGGCUAUGCUUGCUAAACUAAUGGCUGAGCUAGAUAAAGUUCCUGGACUCAUUCCGAGGAGGGCAUCUUUGUCUCAGGGCAACACGCCUCGUCGUGCUCCACGCCAAUCAAUGGAACCCAGUGCAACUCGCCGAAGAAACCCAGAAAGGACAUCUCGCCCUCACACGCGUUCGCGCUCACUGGUGGAUGGCCCACCAUCCCCCACUCCUGAGGAGGAACUCGAAGACAAGUUCAGCCUGGUCCGCAGACCUGAUGAUGAUGACGAAGAGGAGAGAGAGCCACGUCGCCGCAGCUACCACAGCUCUCUGACGAUUCCUCAUGUUGUGCGGCCUGUGGAGGAGAUCACUCAGGCUGAGCUGGACAAUGUUUGUGUCAACGUCAGAGAGAAGGUUUACAACCGUGCCACUGGUUCCACUUGCCAUCAGUGUCGUCAGAAGACCGUUGAUACGAAGACUAACUGCCGUAACCCUGAAUGUGUGGGUGUGCGAGGACAGUUCUGCGGGCCUUGUCUCCGAAAUCGCUAUGGAGAAGAGGUCCAUGAUGCCCUCUUGAACCCGGAGUGGUAUUGCCCACCAUGCAGGGGUAUCUGUAACUGCAGCUUCUGUCGUGCCAGAGAGGGGCGCUGUGCUACAGGCGUGCUCGUGUAUCUGGCCAAGUACCACGGCUAUGACAAUGUGCACUCUUAUCUGAAAAGUUUGAAGAAAGAACUGGAGGAAAGUGAAUAAAAUGGAUGACUGUUUUCAACCUGAAUACAACCAUAACUGAUGAUGUUCUUAAGUCUCUUUUUUUAAAUGUUUUGAAUGGUUCAUAGAGCUUCUAAAACCCCCUAUGUUUUUCAUUUGAGAAGACAGUUGGGAAUUGUCUACAUGUGUCUUUACAUUUUGCAUUGUUUUAAAUGUAUAAGCUGAUUGUUUUUAAAGGGAAGAGUGUUUUUAUCUCUACUGUAUUGGUUACUUGUUAAAUUUUUUUGGCUGCAGUACUUGUUCUUUACUGCUUUUCCAUGAGUUUUCCAAGCUUUGAUGCGGUUUAAUUGCCCAGUGUACUGCUCUUGUACUUGAAUAAAACU